GGGGGGAAGAGCCGGAGCGGAGCCCUGCGGGCAGCGGGGAACCCAGCGCGCGCCACGCUCUAGCCCGGCGCAGCCCCGGGGGCCGCCCUGCCUCGCUGGGCUGGGGGAGCGGGCGCUUGCAGCCCGCAGCAUCCUCCGCGCCCGGCAUGGAGCCCUGGAAGCAAUGCGCCCCCUGGCUGAUCCACUGCAAGGUGCUGCCGCCCAACCACCGAGUGACCUGGCCCACGGCCCAGGUGUUCGACCUGGCGCAGACCCUCCGCGAUGGGGUCCUGCUGUGCCAGCUGCUCAACAACCUGCGCGCCCACUCCAUCAACCUCAAGGAGAUCAACCUCCCUCCCCAGAUGUCCCAGUUUCUCUGCUUGAAGAAUAUAAGAACAUUCCUUUCAGCAUGCUGUGAGAUAUUUGGGAUGAAGAAAAGUGAACUUUUUGAAGCAUUUGAUUUGUUUGACGUGCGGGAUUUUGGAAAGGUCAUAGAAACACUAUCAAAACUUUCUCGCACUCCUAUUGCAUUAGUAACAGGAAUAAGGCCAUUCCCUACAGAAGAAAGUGUUAAUGAUGAAGAUAUCUACAAAGGUCUUCCUGAUUUAUUAGAUGAAAAUGGUGUAGAUGAGGAUGAAGAGUUAUACGAUUGUGUGUAUGGAGAAGAUGAAGGUGGGGAAGUAUAUGAAGACUUAAUGAAAGAUGAAGCACCACAUCAGCCUAAAUGUAUUGAAAAUGACAUAAGAAGCUGCUGCCUUACUGAGAUAAAACAGACAGAAGAGAAAUACACUGAGACCUUGGAGUCAAUAGAGAAAUUUUUCAUGGUGCCGUUGAAAAGAUUUCUGUCAGCAUCAGAGUUUGAUAUAGUGUUCAUCAACAUUCCUGAAUUGGUGAAAACCCACAGAAGUCUAAUGCAGGACAUUCAUGAUUCCAUUGUAAACAAAAAUGACCAGAACCUGUAUCAAAUUUUUAUUAGCUACAAGGAAAGAAUGGUUAUUUAUGGACAGUACUGUAGUCAAGUGGAGACAGCCAUCACCUGCUUAGACAACAUCUCUAAGACAAAAGAAGAUGUUAAAUUGAAGUUAGAGGAAUGUUCCAAGAGGGCCAAUAAUGGGAAAUUUACUCUGCGGGAUCUUCUAGUGGUUCCUAUGCAACGAGUACUAAAAUAUCAUCUGCUGCUUCAGGAAUUGGUGAAGCACACUACUGACCCAGCUGAGAAGGAAAACCUGAAGCUGGCACUCGAUGCAAUGAAGGACUUGGCUCAAUAUGUAAAUGAAGUGAAGAGAGAUAAUGAAACCCUCCGUGAAAUUAAACAGUUUCAGUUAUCUAUAGAGAAUGUGAACCAUUCUCUCUUAACGUAUGGAAGACCACAAGGUGAUGGUGAAAUAAAGAUGACUACAUUAGACAAACGUGCAAGACAAGACAGGCAUAUCUUCUUAUUUGAUCUAGCAGUAAUUGUGUGCAAACGGCGAGGUGAUAAUUAUGAAAUGAAGGAAAUAAUAGAUCUUCAGAAAUACAGAAUCACAAAUAAUCCCACCACAGAUAAAGAAAAUAAAAAGUGGUCUUAUGGCUUCUACCUCAUCCACAUACAAGGACAAAAUGGGUUGGAAUUUUAUUGCAAAACUAAAGAUUUGAAGAAAAAGUGGCUUGAGCAGUUUGAAAUGGCACUAUCCAACAUAAGGCCAGACAAUGCAAAUACAAGUUUUCACGAGUUCAAAAUGUACACCUUCAACCGCGUCACAUCCUGUAGAGUCUGUCAGAUGCUUCUGAGGGGAACAUUUUAUCAAGGCUAUUUAUGUUCUAAGUGUGGAGCUGGAGUGCACAAAGAAUGUUUAGGGAGAUUAGACAAUUGUGGCGGAGCUAAUUCAGGUGAACAUGUGAUCCUGAAACAUGAGAAACGAACCAAUGGAAUUCGAAAAAGCUCCAGACACCCGGACUCAGGUUUACCAAAAAUGCAAGUUGUUAGAAACUACAAUGGAGUACCACAGCCAAAUCCACAUGAUGGCCCGCCCUUACACAUCCAGACUGGGGACACUAUUGAACUCCUCAAAGGUGAUGCACACAGCAGGUUUUGGCAGGGUAGAAAUCUAGUCACAGGGGAGCUUGGCUACUUUCCAAGUGAUGUUGUAAAGCCUUACCCAUGCGUUCCUAAACCAGUAGACUACUCUUGCCAGCCAUGGUUUGCAGGAGCAAUGGAGAGGUUGCAAGCUGAAAGUGAACUUAUUAACAGGGGAAAUAGAACUUAUCUGGUGCGAUAUAGGACCAAAGAGUCAGGAGAAUACGCAAUUAGCAUUAAGUAUAAUAAUGAAGUGAAGCAUAUCAAGAUUUUAACAAAAGAUGGCUUUUUCCAUAUUGCAGAAAAUAAGAAAUUUAAAAGUUUAAUGGAACUCGUAGAGUACUACAACCGUCACUCUCUCAAAGAAGGUUUCCGAAGUUUGGAUACUACUCUUCAGUUUCCAUAUAAGGAAUCUGAGAAUUCAGAUGGACAAAGGAGUAACAGAGCAAGCAGUAACUUGCUAAAUCCCAAAGUAAUUGGCAUAGCCAUAGCCCGGUAUGACUUCUGUGCAAGAGACAUGAGAGAACUAUCCUUAGUGAAAGGUGAUGUGGUGAAAAUUUACACAAAGAUGAGUGCCAAUGGCUGGUGGAGAGGUGAAGUAAAUGGAAGGAUGGGCUGGUUUCCAUCAACCUAUGUUGAAGAAGAUGAAUGAAUUGAACACUUACUUUGCACUGUUGACCAGAAAUUUCAGGGACUGUGGAAUACAACAGUCUGCAAGGCGUUAUUGUCUUGUUAAGAAUUUCAAAAGCAACAUUUCUGUUUGUCCAAACCCCUCCCCAUCAUAAAGUUGGGAUUUCUAAAGAAAUUUGUACUGACGGACUAAUGGUUGCCCAGAGCCAUGCAAGAAACAACUUGCCAGUUUGCCAUCAUCAGGGACCAGUGUCAAGCCCAAAUCUUACUUUCUUGGAUGAUCCUUGCAAAACAGAUUGCUGUAUGCUGUGUUUCAUUUCGCCCUGUGGCACACAGCAAAUUCUGCUUAUUGGUAAAUGUUUAAUAAAUCUUUUUUUCUAGUAGCUAACACCUUUGAUGGUGGAAGGAGAAGAUGAAGGCUUAUUAUUCCUUAUCACUGCAUACAGAAAAAGGAGAAUUUAGUCAUACCAGUGGACAUGUUUCAAGACAGGCAAUAUUGACUUUUCUUCAUCAACCAAUCAUACUUGUCACAUAACAAGCAGUUGUGAAAUCCUCAAGCUGUUCUGAGAAAAAUAAAUAAUAUAGUAAAUAUUAACAGCCUUCUCUUCCAAGGUACAUUUGUUGGAUGAUUAUAACUGACUGGAAGUCCUACAAGUUUGCAACAGCAGUUUUAAAAAAAGUGGAGUGUUACUUAGUGCUAGAAAAAAAUGGUAAAAUGAGAUUGUGGUGUUCUCUCUCUGUUUUCUUAUGUGCUCCAAAGCUAAUUUUUCUCAGUUUACAAGUAUGCAGCUGAUUAUGUAAACAUAACCAAGAAUCUCAAAACCAAAAUAUGUUCUUUAUAGCUCAUAUAUUACCAGGAGUUGAAACAUUUUGUAUGUCAUAUUUUGCCUGUAAUGUAUCACAUCUGGCUCUGCAGUAGAAAUUUAGUUGUUAAUUCCUUUCCUGUGUGAAGACAAAAGGAUCACACUUGCAGUCCCAUCAGCUCUGCAGGGCUGAAAAUAAUUUAAAUAGAAUAAAAAUGUGGUUUUGGAGAAAAGCAAAGAGAUUUCAUCCUAAAUGCACACAAGAAGAGGUUUUUUUUUUUCCCCUUGCCUGACUCCCUGUUUUUCAGGACACUAACUCUAUCUGUUAUUUCUCUCCCAGUUUGGUAGUGAAAUUAUGGCAAUGCAGUGGAAGGGAAUGUUCCUUCUAUAAUGUAAUGAAUAAGUGUCCAUUAUCCCAAGAAAAAGAGCACCAUAGUUUAGCAUGAAAGCCUAUAACCUUGCUGUUGGGCAUGACCAAGUGAUCGCUGUCCUUUGAGAUCCAGCAUUUUAAUGAAUUUUGAAAGUCCUGGUUCAUAAAAGAAAAAAUUCAAACAAAUGUUAGUGGUAGUGUUGUACAUAUGUGAAUAUGCAAUUGUUAAUAUUUAGCUAAUCUCUUAAGUGUAACAUUUGGGAUAAGCAAAAUGUUCCUGCAUACAUAAAAUUCUGAACUGGAUUUUUCCUGCACAUGAGAUACUCUCUUCCUUCCCGUAAAAACACAGGGGGAUCCAUUACCACAAUGUGCACACAGACCAGCAAUACAGCCCCUUUGCAACUGCUAUUCCAUUCUAUGGACUGGUUCAUAUUAUCCAAUGAUCCUCCAGAGAAUGAGAUCUUCAUUAGCACAUACUGAACUCCUGCACUUGGGCUACCGACUGUGGUCCCCACUUUUAUGUAGGCCUGCUAUGUAGCCAGCACAGACAUCCAUUCAUAGCAUGGGGGCAAAGGGUGAGGACACAAAGACACAUACCUGCGUAGCCAUUCCUCCCACAUGCUGCAUCCUGCAGACAGACCCUUUUCAGGGCCAAGUGGUGCAGCGAGCCUGUCAAAAAUUGCAAUUUAAGUUUAACCUUAGGGAUGAAUCUCCACCAAAGCACCAUGAUUUCAGGGAAGUUACCUCAAAUUAUGUAAACUGUGAUUAUGUUGAAUACGUUAUUUGAUGGAACUGAUUUAAAGCAUAUGUAAAUGUGUAAAUUAUUCCUAAAAGGUAUUUUAUAAAGUGAUCUGUACAGCAGUUUAGACUUUUAUGUUGUCUGGGUAUAGUAUGUUGUCUGGGUAUAGUCAGUCAUUCAGUAGUAUUAUGUUGUGGUCCUGAUCCGAUGCUACUUAAGUGGACAACGUUGGUUCUUUGGCAGUCCUGUCUACUUUGGGGAUAGGCUUUAGCUCUGUGAAAUGUUUUUUGCUUUAUCAUAUAAUUCUUAUAUAGGAGAAGCAGUUUAAUUCAAUACAAAUUACAAAGCAUUUAUGUUGUGUUUUGUGUUGUGUUUUAUGUUAUGUUAAAUAUCCUAAGGUUUUUUAGCAUUAUUUUGUUAAGUAACCUCAUUACACCAAGUUUGUAGUGUGCUUUUUAGCAACUCGGGACCAGCAAUUUACCUAGGAAAAGAAUUAAAGUAAUAUCUAACCACUUUUUCAUGGUAUUCAGACUGCACAUCUUUGUUGUCUGUUUAAUGCCCUGUAUUGAAUGAGUUAAAUGCUGCAUUUUAAACUGUUUCUAAUACCAAAGAUACAUCAUUAUUCCAGAGCCAUGAGCUUCUCAAUGUGCUCUUUGCCUGUCAGACAGUACAGUACAGUACUUCAGUUUGUAAUAUUUGAUACAUAUGUACAUAUAAUAAACCGUUUAAUUUCUUGUUUAAAUUCAUGUGUAAAAAUUCAUACUGGCUUCUGUGUGGAUUUUAAAAUAAUUGUUGUUACUAGCAGAAAUUGUUAAUAGUUUAUCAAAACUACACAUGUAUUAUCAUUGUUUAUAUGUAAGAUUAUAUUGUCAUUAGGCAACCAUGCUCCCUGCUUUCUACUCUUGCCAACCCCCUCUCAGCCAGGGAGAUUCCGGAGGUUUUUUUUUUACCAGCCCCCCUGACCUCUGGGGAGGGUCUGAGGCUGCCCUGGCCCCAGUUCUUGAGCCUCCUCCAGCCCUUGCCCCUCACCCUUGUGCCAUUGAGGGAGUGGGCCAAAGUCACACUGGGUCCAGCUCUCUCCCUGGCCGCUGGGCCAGGCUGAGGCUGUACUGGGCCCACCACCACCAAGAGGGGAGGAACCAGGCCAAGGCUGCACAUGGUCCAGCUCUUAACCUGGUUGUGCUGGGCCUGGUUCUCCCCCACUCGCCCUCCCCCACCAAGGAGGGCUGGGUCAAGGCUGUGGCAGCUGUGGCUCCCCCUGGCCACUGGGAAAGAGAGGGGGAGGGCCAGGGCCACAGGCAGCUUCAGCUCUCCACGUGGCCCUUGGGAAGGGCCAGGCUAGGAGUGGGUGGGGCUUGGCUCCUUCAGAUGCAGAGUGUUGUGAUGACAUCACAGUAAUCCCACAGGACAUUUUUUUUAUAGAGAGAGAUUAUUUAUAUGGCAGCAUAUCCCUUCCUUUCGAGAAUUUUUUCUCAGACUAAUAUCUUUUAUGCUAUAUCUGAAAUAGCUUUGUAUAUGUAUGAAUAAAUGCAGUAGAUAGAUUCAUCAGCUAUAUGUAUUGUUGUUGUAUGUUUUCCCCUAUUAAAACCUGCAUUCGUAAUUCUUACCUGACCAUGUGCUUUU